CAAUAAGUGCCCAGCUCAUCAGUUAGCUACAGAGGGUCCACAACACCAUAAAUCAAGUACUACCUAUUGCAGUAAGAUCUGCCAGAUUCUCUAGGUGACGACAAAAUCUUCAGAGGGAAUAAAAGAACCUGGAAAUUUUUAAAACGACGACAUUUCUUGGAUAUCAAGUGAAUAAUGCUUAACACUGUCAAUGAUGGUUGGAAGCCUGAGGAGCAAUGGAAGAAUCUUAUCACUGCUAAGGAGCAGGACAGUGAAGAAAAGAACAAUCAUUGUUGGGCUGAAAUCCGAUAAUUAUAGCAGAGAAAUACUGUUCCGUUUGCUUACUUUGUUUGUUAAGCCGGGAGACAAUGCGCUGGCUGUUCAUGUGCAGGAACCAAAUGAUGCCUUUGAUCCAAAUACCUUUCACAUCCAUGAAGAUCUCUGCAAGUCCAAGCAUGUGGAUUUCCAGGUCAAGGUUUGCAUAGGGAAUUCCUACAUAACCGAAUUGAGCAAUCAAGUAAGAAUAAACUUUGCGACAGUACUUGUACUUGGAUGCAGCAAUCCAUGGCCAAAAGAUUCAACAGUUUCCAAAUGCCUGAAAGCAUUGCCUCCCACGUGCUCCCUUUUGGUAAUGGAUAAUGGAGGAAGAAUCCUUGUUCAGAAACAAGGAAUUUCCCAACAAGGGUCUGCAAAUCCAGACCUUCAAUCUUCCCAGUCCUCUUCACCACCACAAGGCUCUGGUAUUAAAGUCCUCCAAUCUUCUGUGUCAUCUAUAGCUAAAUCCACUAGUUAUGACAGAUCAGGAACUAGACGUCAGAUCCAAAAAUCGUUGACAAUGCCAUCUCCCUCAACAUCUUCAUCACGACAACCAACUGAAAAAAUGAUACUGCAGAGUGUGAAGACAUUGCAGCUUUCUGAUUUUUCAACUCACAAACUGUUUCAGAAAUUGGCUACUUUAGAAGCAAAGGGGUGUGGAAGGCGCUUCACCACAGAAGAGCUUAAAUCUGCAACUAAUAAUUUCAGCCCAGAAAUGUUGAUUGGAGAGGGGGGGCACAGCAAGGUAUACCGGGGCAACCUUGAUGAUGAUCAGGCUGUAGCAGUGAAGGUCCUCAAGCCCACAAGGUCUUCAGAAGAGGAUCUUUUUCGAGAAGUUGAAAUGCUGAGUGGUUUGAAGCAUGAAAACAUAGUGCACUUCAUUGGUUACUGUUGCAGUAAAGAUUUGCAUGUAGUUGUCUACAAUCUACAAAAGGAAAGUUUGAAGCAAAAUUUGAAACAGGUCAGUUGGAGUGAGAGAAUGAAGGUUGCGAUUGGUGUGGCAAAAGCACUGGAGUACCUCCAUUCUCGCUCCCCUCCCAUCAUUCACAGAGAUGUGAAGUCAUCUAACAUUCUUCUCUCGGACAAUUGCGAACCUCAAGUAAAUUCUUUUUCGGUUUCCUUCCUAAUAUUGAAUGACUCCUCAAUAGUUUCAAAUAUGGAGAACAACUAAAAGGCAUUUUUUCUCUUUCCCCUUGUAGCACCUUGUUGCUAUUAAUCUCCCAAAGCUUAGUACAAAGACUUUGUUCAUGAAAAAUGAUUUGAGCAGUGCGUAGCAGCUAUUUUUUUUAGGGGUUGAAAUCCAAAUCUCCUUCUCGUAAAUAAUAGUUCUUCACACAAUCACACCACCAAACCAAGAUCUAUUUCUUAGCCUAAAUUUGAAGAAUUAUUUACACUUUCUUGUUCAAAGUAAUAAUUUCAUGUAGAAUUCAUCAAAUUAAGACCAAUUCAUAUGCACAUAUACCAUCAUUAAUUGGUCUAAAUUUAAUGAGCCUACCAUCAUCAAUUGCAAUGUGAUAUAAUGUAGUCUAAAAAAUGAAAUAACACUUUUUUUUUGUGAAUCCCAAGCUGUCAGAUUUUGGAGCUGCAAUGGUCCAUCAGCAAACUCAGCAAGUUUCAGCAUAUACAAAACCAAUUCAUGUUGUUGGGACCUUUGGAUACUUGGCCCCAGAGUACAUGAUGUACGGCAAAGUUGAUGAGAAGAUAGAUGUGUAUUCAUAUGGGGUCGUGUUGCUGGAACUGAUCACAGGGAAAGAGGCUAUCCAUACCAACCAGUCAUUUAAUCAUGAAAGCUUAGUUCUUUGGGCAAGGUCUCUACUCAGCUGUGGCCUGUGUGAGCGUCUAAUUGAUCCUCACCUGAACGAAGACUACAAGAAGGAUGAGAUGAAGACAGUGAUGAUCGCAGCACGCCUUUGCCUCUUGCAUUCAUCCUCGAGGAGACCAUCAAUGAAAACAAUUUUGAGACUAUUUGAGGAGCCAGAGCACUGGCUAAAUAUGCAGAGGAAGAGAGAAGAGCUCGUAAACAGUAUCAGUUCCAAAGGUGAAAGAGGGUUGUGUAGAUAUGACGACUCAGACUGCAAUGGCACUUCUAUCAUAGAUGAUAACUAGUCAUGUGUUGUCAACUUAUCAGAUGUCACGAUGCAAUGAUAUGCAAAUUGCUUGAUUUGUUGGAAUGCUGCCUCUAAAGUAGAACACCCAUUGAAGUUGCUGCAUAGGUUUAACUUCAUGAAUUGAAAAAGUUUGUAAAAAGCUGUUGAAAUGAGGUCCAAAUUCUCCUGUCUAUGUAUUAUGUUAUCCUGCAAUGUAAAAUAUGCAAAACAUAUGCCAAAUAAGAUGUUUCUAUAAUUGAUUCGUCCUCAUUUUCGAAAUAAAUAUAAAAUAUUUCUCAUCUUC